GUGAACUGGCCGUGAACGACGCAUCGGCGAUGACGUUGACCCAUACGAGUACUUGUCUUAUCCUUUUCAGGCUCUCCAUAUAUAUAGGUAGACCAGGCUAGUUGACCUUCGCCACUAUACUAGACACUAAUCGAAGUGUCGAAACGCUACUCUCCCUAUUCUCAAUACCUUACAAGCCACAGGAGCCCGAGUCUCAGCCAUGGCUGACGCCGUCCUCAACCAGCUUAGCGCAGCCAACAUAUUCGACCUGCGUGGAGUCGUCGCAGUCGUCACGGGUGGAGGCACGGGAAUUGGGCUGAUGAUUAGUUCGACUUUGUUGGCAAACGGCGCCACGGUCUAUAUCAUUGGGCCCAACCAGGUGGAUCUGGACAAAGUUGCGGGCAUCUAUAACGAGGCUGCUGAGAAGACUGGGCGUCCUGGACGCGUGUAUGGCCUCGCAGGCGAUGUCAGGAGUAAGUCGGAGGCACUACGCCUAGCAGACGAGGUGGGGAAAAGGGAGAAGCAUGUCACCGCACUGUUCAACAACGCAGGCGUUCUUGCAGGAGUCUCCGCCCACCCGACGGCGAACACAGCCGAGGCGUUCCGCUCUGCCUACCUCGACGCAAUCACGCCGGAGCACUUUGCCAACAGCCUGAACACAAACGCUGUCGGCCCGUACUGGCUCACCUUCGCGUUCCUGCCGCUGCUCGAGAAGUGGAAGGCGUACGAGAGCGGCAAUCGGCGGUUUGCGCCGCAAGUCAUCAUGACCUCUAGCAUGAACGGCUGGACGAAGGACAUCAACACGGCCGGGCGGUCGUACCCGUACAUGUUCUCAAAGGCUGCCAUCGGGCAAGCCACUGCUACCCUCGCACACGAGCUCCUCCCACUCGGUAUCCGGGUGAACGGCAUAGCGCCUGGCUUGUUUCAAACAGAGAUGACCGCCCCAGGGACCGCAGAUGCCGUCGGACAGUCGCACAUUCCAGAAGGCGCGAAACAGGAAUUCGAAGUUCCCGCGACGCAGCCAGCCCUUGUGCAAGGAGGAAGAGCCCCGUACGGAGGGUCUAAUCGGGACAUGGGCUCAUUGGCCUUGUUCCUGGUCGGGAACUGGUUCGUGAAUGGGGAGACAGUGCUGAUUGACGGAGGGACUAUGCUCUUGCACCCUUCGUCAUACUAAGAGGCCCUGAGGACGAACAAUGUAUCAGUAGCGAUGCGGUGAAGACUAAGUAGGGAGAACGUACAUUCGAGCCUCUUUUGCCGACCUGUUUUCGGCCGGGAACCUUGACGCAAGCGACACCCCCACGCAGGCAAUGUCCAGAUUAGCAAACAAUU